UGCUUUGAAUACGCGCACGCCCAAUCAGCCGGCCGCAAUUUGAUUGCAACAUCACGGAAUCACUCAUAUCAGCCCAAAAGGGAUAUCCGGCUCGCCGGAUUCCGCAUACCCGCGACGAUCGCCCGUCUUUUUCGCUAGCUUCAACUCUAUACACUUCAUCCAAUCUUAGAUUCCUCGGCGCACGUGUCGGCCACCCACCCACUCUUCAUUCUUCCGUGCUUGCGUGUCCUUCAGGCAUCUACUUCCCUCCGCCGCACACCCACCUGGAUUGACACACACCUCGCCGCCCUGGUCUGACGCGCCCGCAUCGUUGUGAGGAAAUCCCCCGCCGACACCACUAGCCUCGCGCAACGCCACACACAACCUCACGCCACAGCGCAAAGCAUCUUCCACCAUGGCAGCCAGCGCAACAGUCCCCUUCACAAUCACCUACACGGCCUCAGCAGGCGGACUGACGACCGCCACCGUGCUGGGCCAAGUGCUCAACAACGGGCAAACAAACUGGAUUCCCGCGAGCAACGGCGACGCAAUCUACCUCAACACCGCUUCCGCGGGCGGCGAAUCGGCGACCGUGUUCGGCGGCAACACUUACUACUUGUCCACUGGCGCGCCUGUCCCUGACCAGGUGACUGGCAUCACUGCUUCCGGGACGCCUGCUUCCUCCACUGGGUCUUCUGCCAGCGGUGGCAGUGGCGGGUCCUCGGCCUCCCCCGGUAUGGUGUCGACUUCUUACCAGAGUAUGUCUUCUGGAUCUGCUAUGACUAGCGCGUCGCCUACGGGCUCUUCUUCGUCGUCGUCACACCAUUCUGGCGCGGUGAGGAGUGUGGAGUUUAGCCAGCUGGGCGUGAGGAUGUUGUAUGCUUUUGCUGCGAUUGCGUUGAUCGGAGCCGUGGCUCUGUGAGAGUUUUCUUCUCAGAGAGAGUGAGUGUUAUUUGUAUGGUUUCGAGGAGACGUGACGAGAUAAUCUUGUUCUACACAUGUUGUUCUUCAAUACUCCUAGAUAUUUACCUUGGACUUACCACAUUUACUCAUUGACCAACUCAUCGAGG